AUGGGCUUGACAUUGAUCUCUGCAACGCCCUCCCCAUACGCCCGCAAAGUCCGCAUCUCUCUCCACGAGAAAGGCAUCCCAUUCACACUCCAGACCGAAGUGCCCUGGGACUCGACCACACAGACACCCCAGCACAACCCGCUGGAGAAGCUUCCCGUUCUGAUCGACGACUCCGGGAAGGGAGAGCCAACGUCCGUGUACGAGUCGCACUUCAUCCUCGAAUGGCUGGAGGCGUACUACGGCCCGGAUCAAGGCUACAAGGGCAUACUGCCCAAAGGGAAGGCUGAUGAGCUUUUGGCGAAGCAGGUGCAGGUUGUGGCGGAUGGGGUUGCUGAUGCUUGUGUUUUGAUGUUUUUCGAAAAGCAGCGCGACCAACCCUCAAAAGAGUGGAUCGCACGGCAGGAGCGCAAGGUCAAUGGCGGGCUCAAAGCACUGUCGCGGUGGGUCGGAGACAAGGAGUUCAUUGUAGGCGAUGAACUCUCGCUAGCUGACAUCGCCGCGGGCACUGUUUUGGGCUACAUGAAAGUCCGGUAUCCAACGCAGGACUGGCAGGAGGACUACCCAAAUCUGAAGCAGUAUAGCGAUCGCCUGGAAGAGAGGGAAAGCUUCAAGGAUACAAAGCCUUACCCUCAGAAGAUUAGCGACAAGAUUGUGUAA